AGGUGCGCGCGGAUCACAGGUGCGCUCUGCCUGGUUACAACUGCCUGGUUACCGCUGUCAGGAAGAAAGAUUUCUGCUUAGUUACGAUGUACGCCCGAAUACGACUCAGCGCCUUUUGAAAUCCGCUCGGGCCUCCGUUUAUACGUUAGUUUUUAAAGAUAUUUCAGUUUUGGGGAGUUUUUAAGAAGAAAAAAAACGGGGGCUGGCGGCGGGAAAUGGGAAAGAAGCAAAGCAAGCCCGCGUCGGACUCAGAGUACGGAGAGCCGUGCCAGUUUGACCCCACCUUCAAUGGACCACUAAAGAAAAGGAGCUGCACAGACAUCAUUUGCUGCGUCUUGUUCCUUCUGGUGAUCCUCGGUUACCUGGUAGUGGGAAUUUUAGCCUGGCUCUAUGGCGACCCCAGACACGUCCUCUAUCCUCGAAACUCAACCGGGUGGUUCUGUGGCACUGGACCAAACAAGGAUUUACCAAACUUAUUUUAUUUUGACAUGAUCAAAUGUGCAACCUCAGUCAAUAUAAUGGCCUCAGCCCUCAAUGGGCUUCAAUGUCCAACCACACAGGUGUGCGUGAAAGAAUGCCCCACCAACUUUUGGGGAGUGGGACUUCAGAACCUGACAAAACCGCCUUCAGAAGUUUUUGAUCCAAAAUUCUGUGUGCCUUCUCUAGAUCUAAAAACAACCAAGUGGAGCGUACCAGAGAUCAUAGAUAAAGAGCAGUGUCCGUUCUUUUACACACCAACAAUUUCUGUUCUCGGUCGUUGUUUACCCGACGUCACCGCUCUCAAUAAUAUCCCAAACUUCUUCAAUCAGAUCCCAGGUUUGCCCCCAUCCAUCAACGAUACCGCUGAUCUGAUCAGAAAUGGCACUGGUGACGUAGUGAAGGGCUUUAACGCCAAAGACAUCGGAGUGCGGAUCUUUGAGGACUUUGCUUCUGCUUGGCCCUGGAUUCUGCUUGGUUUGCUGAUCGCCAUGGUGACCAGUCUGCUGUUCCUGCUGCUGCUGAGGUUCACGGCCCCAGUCAUGGUUUGGGUCCUGAUCUUCGGGGUCUUGGGCACUGGAGCUUAUGGGAUAUGGCACUGUUACAGGGAAUACGACAACUACAAGAAGCAGUCAGCCUCCAUCUCAGAUGUCGGCUUUACCACGAACUUCAAUGUUUAUCUGCAAGUCCAGGAGACAUGGCUGGCCUUUUUGAUCAUCAUCUCUGUUGUGGAGGUCAUUCUAAUCCUGACCCUGAUCUUUCUGAGAAAGAGGAUCCUCAUUGCUAUCGCUCUCAUCCAGGAGUCCAGCAAAGCGGUGGGUUACAUGAUGUCCUCUCUGGUCUACCCUCUGGUCACCUUCAUCAUGCUGCUGGUGUGUGUGGCCUACUGGGGAGCCACUGCCCUAUAUCUGGCCACUUCAGGAGCUCCUAUUUACAAAGUGGUGGCUCUGAACUCGACGAUGGAGGGAUGCCAGAAGGUCAACGGUUCUGAGCUAUGUGACCCUCAGAAAUUCAAUGCAUCAGAAUACCCAGAAUGCCCCUCUGCCAGCUGCAUAUUCUUCAAUUACAACAAUGAAGGCCUGUUUCAGCAGAACAUGUUUAACCUGCAGAUCUACAACGCCGUGGCCUUUCUGUGGUGUGUGAACUUUGUGAUUGCCCUGGGACAGUGCACUCUGGCUGGGGCGUUUGCGUCGUAUUAUUGGGCCUUCAAUAAACCCUCAGAUAUCCCCAUGUUCCCUGUCUGCGGCUCCUUCAUACGGGCCCUCAGAUAUCAUGUGGGCUCACUGGCGUUCGGAGCCCUGAUUUUGACUCUGGUGCAGAUCGUGAGAAUCAUCUUGGAAUACAUUGACCACAAAACCAGAUCGGCUCAAAACUCGUGCGCCCGGUUCAUCCUGUGCUGUCUGAAGUGCUGCUUCUGGUGCCUCGAGAAGUUCAUCAAGUUUCUCAACAGAAACGCCUACAUCAUGAUUGCCAUUUAUGGUAAAAACUUCUGCGUCUCUGCCAAAAACGCCUUCAUGCUGCUGAUGAGAAACAUCAUAAGGGUGGUGGUGCUGGAUAAAGUCACUGAUUUGCUGCUGUUCUUUGGGAAGCUCUUGGUCGUUGGAGGAGUCGGCGUGUUGUCCUUCUUUUUCUUCUCGGGACAAAUCCCUUUGCCAGGCUCCUCCUUCCCCUCUGAAAGCCUCAACUAUUACUGGAUGCCCAUCAUUACGGUGGUGUUUGGGAGUUACCUCAUCGCUCACGGUUUCUUCAGUGUCUACAACAUGUGUGUCGACACGCUCUUCCUCUGCUUCUUGGAGGAUCUGGAGAGGAACGAUGGCUCUACACAGAAACCGUACUUCAUGUCCAAAAACCUGAUGAAAAUCCUCAACAAGAAAAACAAAUGAAGAUGCGAUUUCCUAAAUGUGUCAAAUGAUUUCAGAUUCAGGCUCAUUUUUAUCUUUUUAAAUAAGUUUACUGAAAACCAUUUGCUGAUUUUGCACUUUUUCAGUUGUGUUUUUGUACUAUACAUAAAGACUGAUUAUAAUUAUAUUUCAUGACGUUAAGUGCCUCAGGUUAAUAACUGUACAGAACGGCAUUAAUACAACUAUAUUUUUGCUGGACGGAUGGAACCAAUCUGUUUCUUUGUCAAAUACUAAAAUGAUUCAUAAAGUUAAGAAUAUUAAAUAAUGCUUUUAUAAUAUUUUAAAUAAAACAUUUAUUACAUUAAACUUGUUUGUAAAUACGUUUAACCAUAGACUCAAUUAUUGGUCUACAUCCUCUCAGCUCACGUCAAGUGCACUUUUACUACAAGACCUGUCACUAUUACACAUUUUAGAGUGUUAUAUUACAGAAAAUACUACUAUAACCUGUAAUAUUUUAGGCCACAUAAUGGCACUGACACCAAAACCCAUAAUUAUUUUCCCGCUAAACCCUCUACUAAAUUAUAGACACUAUAGAUCUCAAUAAAAUAAUAAUACGACAUAACACUUGUAUGUAGCACUUUUCAUGACACUCAAAGACGCUUCACAUGGUUCAAAACAAAACACAAAUGAAAGAAACAGAUGAAACUCACCUGUUCAUAUCUGAAUCUUUUUUUCAGAACUUUUUGGAAGAUGAGUGUGGAUGAGUCUCUGAUGUGUUUUUGGGCUGGGAGUUCUAGAGGGUGGGGGCAGCAGCGGAGAUGGCCCUGUUCCCCCAGAUCUUGUCCUGUUGGGGGGAGAUAGGAGGUUGGUGUCAUCGGAUCGGAUGGGCAUGGGUGGGUAGUGUGGCGGUGGAGGAGCUCAGCUGAUAUGCUGAAUGAAUAAAAGAAAUAUCCCAAAAUAACACUGAACAUUUUCUCAUUCAGUAAGUGAUUAUAACAGGACGACUAUUCAUGACGACAUAAAGCUCCUCUUUGAUCUUUAUUUAAAGGCGCAUUAUGUAACUUUUCACAUGGAAGGGCUGCCAUCUGCAUGUUUCUAAAGAGACGUUAUUGCUUUCUCAAUAAUGUUAGCCAAUAUGGUAUAAACUUGUCUGUCUACAUGGAGACAAGCAGGGGACUCGAUGCCACCAGGCAAAGUUACAGGUCAGAUCUGUGAAGAUGUAUAUAUAUAUAUAUUGAAGAUCUGUCAAGGUAUAUUUAUUAAGAAAAUGUAACUGAAUAAAUGGAAGAACUGCCAUACUGUGAAAAGAUCUACUCAAAAACUAAAAAUGCCUGAAAAGUGUCCCCAUGUUCACUAUCCCUCCUGUGUACAUGUCCAAACCCUCUCAGUCCACAUGGAGGCAGUGUUGAGUAGACUAAUGACAGGACACAUGACAAUUUUGUUCAACCUU